AUGCCAGGCAGCUUGUGCGACGACUUUGGCCACGGGGCCUGCUGGGCCCGCGCUCUACGCCGCUUGCCAGGCGGCUUGUGUACCAGCGUUGGCCCUCCCAUGCCCUUAGCUUGGGUCAUCGACACGCUUUCGGGGGCUUCAGGCCAAGGCGUUGCCAUGUAUCUUUUGACGUGCCUGGACCCCGUCCUGCCGCGGGUCAUACUGGGAGGAUUCGACACAACUCCCACGAUGCGUGAAUACCUGGAGUGGGGGACUGCAGCGUACAAGGGCUCUACUGUUUUUUUGAUUGCGACGGAUUGCUAG